UGUUUAUUUUAUGCGGCUGAAAAUAACCAUGCUUUCUGUUACUGAGCCUGUGUCUGUCAUUCGUCGUGUGUUUAUCACUGGAACUUUAACCUAAAAAUAUCCUUAUGUUGUACUUUGCCCUGUUCAAACACACCCACUGUUCAGAAACUCUUACAACACUUACCAGGAAGAGACUAACUUAUUUCUCUUAUCUGUCAUACUAACUUUGUCUCGACAAAAGCAUAAAAGAAUCGGCUAUCAAUGAAGAACAAAGAGAAAAACUUUGAAGAAGGAUUUUUGAGAAGGAAGUUUGUUUCUGAACAGACAGCAGAUCUUUGUGGUUAGUAAUUUUUGAAAGUUAAAGUAAAGUUUAGAUUACAGGAGCUCAAACAGUGAAAAUGGCUUCACUAUCUGAAGAUGAUUAUAUUUGUCCCGUGUGUCAUGAAAUCUUCAAUGUUCCUGUUCUUCUGUCAUGUAGUCACAGUUUCUGUAAAGAGUGUCUUCAACAGUUCUGGAGAACCAAGGAAACUCAGGAGUGUCCUGUCUGCAGGAGAAGAUCCUCAAGAGAUGAACCUCCAGUUAGUCUCGCAUUAAAGAACUUGUGUGAGUCGUUCCUGAAGGAGAGAAAUGAGAGGCGUUCAUCAGGAUCUGAGGAGAUCUGCAGUUUACACAGUGAGAAACUCAAACUCUUCUGUCUGGAGGACAAACAGCCUGUGUGUUUAGUGUGCAGAGAUUCAAAACAACACGACAAUCAUAAAUUCAGACCCAUCGGUGAAGUGGUUUCAUCAUAUAAGGAGGAUCUCAAUACAGCACUGAAGUCCUUACAAGAGAAACUUAAACACAAUGAAAACAUUAAAGGAGAGUUUGAGAAAACAGUUCAACACAUCAAGUCUCAAGCUGAGCACACAGAGCGUCAGAUUAAACAGCAGUUUGAGAAGCUUCAUCAGUUUCUCAGAGAUGAAGAAGAAGCUACAAUCACUGCACUGAGGGAGGAAGAGGAGCAGAAGAAGCAGAUGAUGAAGGAGAAGCUGGAGGAGAUGAACAGACACAUCUCAGCUCUUUCACACACAAUCAAAGAUAUGGAGGAGAUGAUGAAAGCCAGUGACGUCUGCUUUCUGAAGGAGUUUCCAGUCUCAAAGGAAAGAGUCCAGAGAUCACGGCCGGAUCCACAGAUGGCUUCUGGAGCUUUGAUUCAUGUGCCACGUUACUUGGGCAACCUGCCGUUCAGAGUCUGGAAGAAGAUGCAGGACAUUGUCCAAAACACUCCUGUGAUUCUGGAUCCAAACACUGCGAAUCCACGUCUUGUCCUGUCUGAUGAUCUGACCAGUGUGAGAGACAGCGGAAUCAAUCAACCUCUUCCUGAUAAUCCAGAGAGAUUUGACUAUUAUUCCUGUGUUCUGGGUUCAGAGGGUUUUAACUCAGGAACACACUGCUGGGAUGUGGAGGUUAAAGAGAGUUCAGUGUGGAAUGACCGCUGGAGUCUUGGAGUAACUACAGCAUCAAACCAGAGGAAGGGAGAAGAUUUCUUUAGCACUGAUAAUGUCUGGUGUGUGGGGCGCACUCAGUUUAAUCAGAACCUUGAUCGAGUGAGAGUGAAUCUGGACUAUGACAGAGGAACGGUGUCAUUCUCUGAUCCUGUAACUAACACACAUCUACACACAUUCAAAACCUCCUUCACUGACACACUCUUUCCAUUCUUCAGUUGUUCUGGCUCUCUGAGGAUCUUACCGGUCAAUAGUCAGUAAUCGUCACUCCUGUAGGUCUGGAUCUUCUGCUUUCAUCAUAAAUAAAUAAAUUGUGUAAUGUUUUUGUAGAAAUUGUAGUAUAAUACUGUUAAGCAGGAAUAUGAUACACUUUUAGAAAGGAUGUGUUAAAACGAAACAACUUGUGUUAAAUUUUUACACAUUAAUGGGUGUUUAGGGGUAAUGCAUAUAGUUAAUUUGAACUUAUUCAUUGUGUUAAAGGUGCUACAGAGGAUGUUUUGAUUUAUACAUUUUUGCACUAUUACUUGAAACUGUCUUUACUAACUGAUAAAAGACUAUUUAUUAGGUGCACUGAAAGGAAUAACAUUAAUAUAAAUCAUCUGUGCACGAGGUAGGGCCUUAAAAACAUCAGCCAAUCGUUUACGCGAUCAUCGCUAAACGACUGGCCCUCUGACUUGUCAAUCACUGCCAUGAUGUUCCUUGUGCGAGACAUGCGAGAUGUGCGAGACGUGCGCGGCUGCGCGCUCCAGUAACUUUCCACACUCCACAGGCGCCGCAUGCAAUGUUUUUGUCCGGAGAC